UAUUGUAGUGCUAGUGCAUGUUCCCCGUGAGCGCACAACAGGUUAUUUUUGUGCCCAUUUAUCUUGUUGUUCUGGAUGCCAUUGGUUUUGCUUAAUUAAUCUCUGGUUAUUACCCAGUUCUGCUCUCCUGCGCCUCACUUCUCUGCCGCUGAUUACGCACCCCGCUACGUAGUGUGGAUGGGGGUUCAACUGUAACAAAAAAAAUGUUUUUAAAGGAAAAUGCUUUACGUGUUAAUUUAAUAACACAUGUCUGACUGGAAGUGUUAAACUGGAAGUGUUAGAAAUCGUGAACUCAACAUUACUGUUAACUUUAAAUAAACAGUUGUUUGAUCAUUACAAGCUUUGAAAUGUGCUAUUAUUGUGGCUAGUGCAUUGGCUUGGCUAUGCCCUCUUCUGAACUUAUUCCCCCUGCGUACAGCAACCUUAUAUUUUUUGCCAUUUCACUGUGGUCUGUUUGCUUUGGACGAUGUCCAUGACAAAUAAUGAAUACCCCAACAUAUGUUAAUUACAGUUUUACACCGUAUUGUACAGUAAUUGAAAUUCUUCUGUGGCCAAAAAGGCUGCGGCUCUCCUCUCUACUACUGCUUUAAAAUUAGAUUUUUGGAUAGUUGUAGUAUGCUUGCGCUCUAUCCACAAUUUGAAGUAUUUUCUGGACUGUUCAAAGGGUGCUCAGUCUUUGGAAUGUAAAACUGAAAUACUGAGCUUCAGGUUAGUAACUUAAUUCCUUUCAAUAAUUGUUAAUAAUGUCGCGUUUCAGAGCAAUAAUCUUUGUCCGAGAACUAUUAAUAUUUGAAUCAUUGUAUCUUAACAUAUUUUUCCCCCCUUCUCUUUUCUCUGUCUCCAGAUCUUCCAUAUGACCUACGACCUGGCCAGUGCUGUGGUAAGAAUAUUUAAUCUGAUAGGGAUGAUGCUACUGCUCUGCCACUGGGAUGGUUGUCUACAGUUCCUGGUUCCCCUCCUACAAGAUUUCCCCCAAGAUUGCUGGGUGUCGCUAAAUGGUAUGGUUAAUGACUCGUGGGGUAAGCAGUACUCGUACGCUCUCUUUAAGGCCAUGAGCCACAUGCUGUGUAUCGGGUACGGCGCCCGGGCGCCCGUCAGCAUGUCCGACCUGUGGAUCACCAUGCUCAGUAUGAUUGUGGGCGCCACCUGCUACGCCAUGUUCGUCGGCCACGCCACCGCUCUCAUCCAAUCACUGGACUCGUCCCGCAGGCAGUACCAAGAGAAGUACAAACAAGUGGAGCAGUACAUGUCAUUCCACAAGCUACCUGCAGACAUGCGGCAGAAGAUCCAUGAUUACUAUGAGCAUCGCUAUCAAGGCAAGAUCUUUGACGAGGACAAUAUCCUGAGUGAGCUCAAUGACCCGCUUAAAGAGGAAAUUGUGAACUUCAACUGCCGGAAGCUUGUGGCUACCAUGCCACUGUUUGCCAACGCAGACCCCAACUUCGUGACGGGCAUGUUAAGCAAGCUGAAGUUCGAGGUGUUCCAACCCAACGAUUACAUCAUCAGAGAGGGCACCGUGGGCAAGAAGAUGUACUUCAUCCAACACGGUGUGGCCAGUGUUAUCACCAAGUUCAACAAAGAGAUGAAGCUGACUGACGGCUCCUACUUUGGAGAGAUUUGUCUGCUGACGAAGGGGAGACGCACGGCCAGCGUUCGCGCUGACACCUACUGCCGUCUCUUCUCCCUCUCUGUGGAUCACUUCAACGAGGUGUUGGAGGAGUACCCCAUGAUGCGCCGCGCCUUCGAGACUGUAGCCAUCGACCGCCUGGACCGCAUCGGAAAGAAGAACAGCCUGCUCCUCCAGAAGUUCCAGAAGGAUCUGAACGCUGGGGUGUUCAACACACAGGAGAACGAGAUAUUGAAGCAGAUAAUCCGGCAGGACAGGGAGAUGGUGAUGAUGGUGGACCGCAAGCAGUCGCUCACAGGGAUGUCGGUCACCGGGAUGAAUUUCACCCCGAUAUCUGGAAAUUCCAUAAUUAACUCUCCGGCUCAGCAGCCCUACACCACUGCCCUGGGCAACAACCAGUUUCAGCAGUCAGCCGCCCAUUUAACAUACAGUGCUUCAGGCAUCAUUGCCCCCUCCGCCGCAGCCGCCGCCCGCAUCCUGCCAGCCUUGUCGCAGGGUGUCUACCCUGUCCCCAGUGUCUCCCACAGCAACUUGAACUCAUCCUCGCCCGUCUCCCAGACCCCCCUCUCUCUACAGCAGCAAGGGGCUAUCAUGUCCCCGGUAUCAUUCAAUACGGCUGUGUGCAGUCCACCCGUGCAGACCUCUGGGCUGGCAGUACGCAGCUUCCAGUAUGGCUCGCCCACUGCCUCCCAGCUCUCCCUUAUCCAGCAGCCGCUGCCUACUGCCCUACCACCCCAACAACCACUACAACAGCAACCACAACAGCUUCCCCAGCAAACCGGAGGAGCUGUAUCCUCCUCGGCAACACAACAACCACAACAGCAGCAGCAGCCAACACAGCAGCAAGUCCCUUCACCUCAGAGGGGUGAAAUUCUGCACAAGGGCAGCCAUACUCUCCAGUCUGGAAGCCUGAGUCAAGACGUGCGCCACCUAUCUGCCUCCCAACCCUCCCUGCCCCAUGACACAUCCCUGGGGCCCAGAGCGCACGCUGGAGUGUCUGGGGACUGCCUGUCCUCCAUCGCCCUGCCGGUGGCUGCGGUCCAGGGGACAGGUAUGCAGAGCGGUCUCCGCACCACAGUGCCCCAGAGGGUCAACCUGUUCCGCCAGAUGUCAUCGGGAGCAUUGCCCCCGGUGCGAGCGGCGUCCUCUACAGCCCAGCACAGGGAUUCCACAGGCUCUAGAAAAGAUUCUAGAAGAGAUUCUAACUUAAGCAGUACAGAGACCGACCAAGAUAAGAUGCGGUUCGCAUCAAAUUUAUGAUCCCAUUUUACUUUUUUAAACUUCUGUUUGAAUUCAUUUUUAAUGGAGAUACAAAAAUAGAUGAAUUUGAGUGUUUUUUUGUUUUCUCUCAUUAUUCUUCUGAAAAAAAUAACCUCAUAGAAUUCCUGUACAGGCUACCCUUGUAUUAUAUUUUAGACACAUUUUCUUCCUAAACUUAAGAAUGUAUAUUCUGUAAAUCAAACUAGAAUAUUUGGCAAAGACUAUUUAAAAGCUCUAGUAUAUAAAAAAAAGUAUUCCUUUCUGAAAAAUAUAAAUAUACAAUGUAUGGAUAUUUUGGGGGGGGAGUUGUUUUUGUUUGUUCUUUUCUGUUUUUGUAAACUGGAAUGCGUCUUGAUGAAUCCUGAGUAUUUUUUUUUUUUUUUUUGUACCUGCGAAAAGAGGAACAAAUAUCUUCUCAUACUACACAGCUUUGUCACCACUGUGGAAUAACUGACGCAAGCGAACCUUGAAACUGUCAAAAAGCACACACUCAAACAUAAAUCUGAUUACAUAUUAGUGGAACCUUUAUCUUAUCUUAGCAAUCAAACACAAGUACAGUAGCUAGGUGUUCCAUUGCUCUCAGCAAUACAUCCUCUUGAGCCACAAUAUCUUCAUACAGUGGUUCGGAUCCAAAGGGCAUGAAAUAAAUAGAAUUGCUGCUUUUAUUUUUAUUUUUGGAGAGAAGGAUGUUGUGUAGUGUGGGCGAGGGAUGGAUGAUUCUGUUUUUUCUAUUCCUAAUUUCAGACAGUGAUGUAAUGUUGCUUAAAAAACGGUGUACAUUUAUAAUAUUUCUAAACUAAAGAUUAUCAACAUUAUGCAAUAGACUGUGAUAUGAAGAUUAUCUAUAUGUGUGUUGUAAAUAGUUUUAUAGAUCUAGUAUUUGCAGAUACUGUGUGGUGCAUUCUCAAUCAUAACAGUAUCUUACUUCUUUCAGGAACCUGGAUAUCAUCUAUAUGUGGAAAAAAUGGAAUAUGUGACAGCAAUACAUAUGUUCAUUAGAGAUAAGAAAACCUUAAUGCAAUAGCUAGCACUACUUGAUACUGUGAAAUGCCUGUUCUGAAGUCAAACUGAGAAUCCUUAUUUGUCUCUAUAAUAUUUAUGUCCUUGUUUCAUAAUUCAUUUAUUUAUUUUUAAUAAAACGCCAAGCAAGUAUAUAAGAAGAGAAAGAGAGAUUAAAGAUUAUUUUUUACACUUGAGAUUUCAACACUCAUUUAUGGAGUCGGCUGCUUAACACUUUUUAUUAUACACUUCAAACAUGUUUCUUCUUUAUGCUACUCCAUCUUUGGAACAAUAUUAUUUCUAGAGAUGCUAUAUAUGAUUUCAAUAAAAUGGAUAAUACCAAUAACUUUAAUUUUACCAAUAUAUUCAUGCUACACAAUACAAUACCUUGUUAAAGUGUACGUGAAGUUGUCAAUAAUUUUUUACUGUGGGUGUGUUGGGUGAGUUGCCUACAGCAAUUACCAGUUAUUAUAUGUCUGACGACCCACACACAAUAUGCCACUUUAGAAUUACUGUAAAUAUGAAUCAUUGUUGAAUCUUAUAUCUUGACUGGAAAUGUUUUAAUUACUUUUGACACCAUUUGAUUCCCUAUUUCUUCAUGAAAUUGUUUAUUUAGUCCACUGAAAGAACUAAGUUUGAAAAAGCAAAAUGUGUUACAUGUUUGGAUGUUAUAUUCUGUCAGCUUUAUUUUAAUUGUUGAUUUUUAACAUUUUCUCUUCAUUGACUAGCCUUUCAUGUCAUGUAUUGUGAAUAAUGUCAUAGAAUAGUGUGGCAGGUUGAAUUCCAUUUUUUUUUAAAUCCCAUUCAUCUCAAUGGAAAGAAAAGUCUUCCUGCCGACAGACAAUUGAUACAUUUUCUAGGACUUUUUCAGAAAUAUGCCUAUGUUGUAGGUUUGCAUUCUAGGAGUGUAUAAUAUCAGCUGUUAAAUGGGUAUUACUGUGUUGUCAACUUACUAGUCACAGUCAACUGAUGUUGAAGAGACAGAUGUGACCUUUCCAGACACUUCUGGGAAGUGUCAUAAGUCAAGUGUUCAGGGACGAUUUUCCAAAAAUGUGUUAUUAGCGCGAGAUCAACACAUGCUGGUUUGCAUUAAGGUGUCUUUCUCAUGUGUGUGUGAAUUCAUCAUAUCUGGGCCUAGAUACUCUAAGCUGACUGGGGAAUAUCUUAAAAUCAGAAUACUGUGACUAACAUGGGUAAUAAGAAGAGUCAAUUUUUGGUUGUUGAAAAUUUCAAUCAAAUCAAUCAAAUUUUCAACAUGCUGACAAUUAAAUUAAACAUGUGCAAUAACAACACAUUACAGUAAACAAUAGUAACUGUAACAAUAGCAACAACAAAAAACAUUUAUGCACUAAUUUAUUUAGUAUCCUGAGGGUCCAGAAAUGUGACUCAACUGUAAGUCAAUAAAAUGAGGUCAGACAUGAUAACACCGCUUACCCUGUAAGGUUGUAGGCAAUUUGACAUGCUUAUGAAUUUAUGUUUUUGUUUGUUAAAGAACCCAAUGAAUUGUGUAUCACAACCAUGUGAGUAAUGAGUAUAAUAUUUUCCUCACACACAAUGACAACAACCUCUCAUGGUUUUAGAGUCGGUCUUCAUGGCACCAAACAGGCUCUAUCAGUACAGAGUUUAAAAAUAUUUUAACAGUACUUCAAUACAGACGUGUUUCAAUAUUCUACCAAUACAGAGUCCACCCACAAAAUGUCUCAUAAAAAGCAUGCACUCUCACAAACACUUAAAAAAAGAUAAUAUCUACAAAUGUUGACGUUCAAUGUAGUGUGAGAUUAUGUUUUGUUGUUUUGUUCAUUGUUUGCCUAGACAUUAUUCAUGUGUUACGGAAGCAUUUGAAUUUUCACAAAAAGGACAUUCUUAAGUAUUUGUGCCUAAAAUUAUUGCAAUGUUCCAUUCUUUGAGUGUGAAGAGCUAUGAAGUGUAUAUGUGCCUGCGGCCACACAUGCAUUCAUUUAUUACAUUUAGCAGACGCUCUUAUCCAGAGCGACUUACCGUAGUGAAUGCAUAAAUUUCAUUUUUUAUUUUUUUUGUACUGGCCCCCCGUGGGAAUCAAACCCACAACCCUGGCGUUGCACACAUCAUGAUGGUGUUGCAAACACCAUGCUUUACCAACUGAGCCACAGGGAAGGCCGUAUGUGUUCUAUGUUUCAGUAUUUUUAGAGAGGAAGAUGUAAGCAAUGAAGGUGGCCAAAUGUCUCUGUUUAUCAGUUGGAAUUUUUUAACACAAUGUGAACUUCUAUAAAAUGGUUCUGUCAUUCUAUUCUAUCAUUCUCAGAAUUACAGUAAUGACUAGUACAGUAAGAAGUGCAGUCUAUAGAACUGGGAAGGUAUAACAUGUCAAGUUGACUAGACAUUAUAGAAAUUCUGAGCACAUGUGUAACUUUCUUUGUAGCUAGCCACUGAUGAUGGGUUGAUUAUUAAUGUUGCAUGGAAUGAAACUGGCCAAAGCAAAACAUUCUAAGUAAUUUUCUUUGUUUUGAAAACCGAUACAGACUCUUCAGUCAGUUAGAUUAAGUGGAAAGAAGGUUAAAAGGGAGAUAUAUUAUCUAGAUUCUAGAUUGGAACUCUCUGGCCCAUUCUAGGGUUCUAAACGUGGAGAGAUGUUCUAUUCCAACAAAGAGCGCUUAAUCCUGUUCUGCCAUAGUAAACUUUCUUUCUUACUGUUCUGCCAUAGGAACUAGUACUCUACACAGUUCAGAUGGAUAGCAGCACUGUUUUUGACGCAUGCCUUUGGAGGGAAAGUUUCCUAAUUAUGUGCUUUUUUCACAAUAAUUCUGACCACAGCUAGCUAGCAUUCUGGAAUGGGCAUUAUGAUGAUAUAUGUAGCACAGCAUGAAGGGACACAUGCGUUUACCAUUUUAGCAGUAUGGAGAACACUGAAUAAUAAAGUAAAUAAUAAAAUAAAUAAUAAAUAAAGUUUGUAUAUGCAAAAAUAACAAAAGAACAGUGCCCAUAGAAAGGAAAUAGGGAUUGUAUUCACAAAGCCUCAGAGUAGAAUAGCUGAUCUAGGACAGUUUUAACUUUUAGAUUAUAAUGAAGAUUAAAUGGACACGGCACUAAACUGAUCCUCCUAGAUCAGCACUCACACUCUGAGACGCUUUGUGAAUACGGGCCCGGACCUUUUGGUUUACGACCUCGACAAUACAGGUUUAAUAUGUUUACUGAUAAUGUGCAUGUUGGAGAGAGAGGGGAAGAUUAUGGAGGUAAUGUUGUAACGAGCCAUACGUACACUCCCCUUAAAACCUGCUGACAGACCUGAUCAUUGUUGAGCUCAUUCAUGUUAGUUAACCAAGGCUGGGUAAAAAUUAACAAUUAGUUGGUUACUUGACACAGGCUAAGGAAAGGUACAUGUAAAACAUUCUUACAACUAUAUGCAGACAAACGGCAUUUGUAAAAAAAAAAUUGGAUUUCUGUUUUUAUUUUUGUUUGUUUGUAAAUAAACCUUUAAAAU